AUGCUGUAUACAUCUGGUGAGACGCAUAUCGAAGAUUAUGGCAGAAAGUGCAGCUCCAUUACAGAUAGAUUGAAGAAAGAUGACAAUCUGACCGAGAAGCAAAACUCAAUCACGAGACGAAACCUGUCCGUUGGGUCCAAGAGUAAAUCCAGCCAAAAGGAUGCAUUCGACGAACGGUGCAGUUCGCGGAUUAGUGCAAGAGCGAAGACGAACGAAUCGAGAUCGUCCAGUGGAACUACAAAUUCGUCGGGUAGUACCUGCAGCGAUGGAGAAUCGUCCUCCUCCUACGGGGAAAGCAAUCUACCUUAUCCGGGCUUUGUGGAAUACUCGCUCAAGUACCUGCGGCAGGAUACGAAGCCUCGAAUUUGGUGUCUACAGCUAAUCACGAAUCCGUGGUUCGAGCGAAUUUCAAUGCUGGUAAUAUUAUUGAAUUGCGUUACUUUGGGAAUGUACCAACCAUGCGUGGAUGACGCAUGUGUUACAAAUCGGUGUAAGAUUUUACAGAUAUUCGAUGAUAUCAUAUUUGCCUUUUUCUCGCUGGAAAUGACAAUCAAAAUUGUGGCCAUGGGUGGAUGGGGAAAGGGUACCUACCUGGCGGAUUCCUGGAAUCGGUUGGACUUUUUCAUAGUGUUGGCGGGUGCCCUGGAGUACUUUCUGCAAGUGGAAAACUUUAAUCUGACCGCAAUAAGAACCAUUCGUGUGCUGCGACCACUUAGAGCGAUUAACCGAAUUCCAAGUAUGCGCAUUCUUGUUAUGCUUCUACUGGACACGUUGCCUAUGCUUGGAAAUGUGUUACUGCUGUGCUUUUUCGUCUUUUUCAUAUUCGGAAUCGUCGGAGUUCAGUUGUGGGAAGGAAUUCUUCGGCAGCGAUGUGUGAUAAAGCUACCGGAUAACGUGUCGGCUCCUGACUUUUUCUCACAGCGCAAUCUUUACUAUAGAAUUGUGACCCAAACGCAAAGGAAAUCUGACAUAUCGUUUUACUACGAGUUUUCGAAAGAACAGGAUUACAUAUGCUCUAAGCCAGAUGAUUCAGGAAUGCAUCUUUGCAAAAACUUACCACCGUACAGAAUAGGAGCACUUGUUUGCAAUGAUUCGGCGGUACCGUUCUCGAAUAACAUACCAACCAGAGCCUCGUGUGUGAAUUGGAAUCAAUAUUACACCAACUGUACCCAGCUGGGAAAUAAUCCCUUCCAAGGAACUAUAUCGUUCGACAACAUCGGCUUGGCGUGGGUUGCAAUCUUUUUGGUUAUCUCACUUGAAGGUUGGACUGACAUCAUGUACUAUGUUCAAGAUGCGCACAGUUUUUGGGAUUGGAUUUAUUUCGUGCUGUUAAUUGUGAUCGGAUCAUUUUUCAUGAUCAACCUGUGCUUAGUUGUCAUCGCGACGCAAUUUUCGGAGACCAAAAAACGAGAAAUGGAACGGAUGCGGCAGGAGCGUGCCCGGUUCACAUCGACCUCGACACUGGCGUCCAGUACGAACAAUUCGGAGCCCACGACCUGCUACGCGGAGAUCGUGAAAUACAUCGCCCAUCUGUACAGGCGCCUCAAGCGACGCAUUAUUAAGAAGUUACGAUUGUAUAAGUACCAAUAUCAGCAUAAAAAGGAAGGAUUGUUGCCCCACACUCCGGAGACGUUAACAUUGUCACCGAACAGGAUUAAGGCCCACCAUCCAAAGUGUCCCAAGAUGCAAAAUGCACCUAAAAACUAUCGCGAUGACAUUUCAUCAAGUUCCAUUCUACCGAAGGGCAUUAAAAAUGCAUCCGGUAGCGAUAAACACUCUUCAUCGGACGUUUCGGAAAUGGUCUCCGCUGAAAAUACGAAGAAUAAUGCGUUGAAUAAUUGCGCUUCUUAUGCAAGCCUUGAAGACACCCAAAAGUUAGUCCUGCUGCAAAUCCCGAAUGGUGAAAAUAAUCAAAACGUAUCAAACACCUUCAGCCCGCUGUCAGCAGGUAGAAGAAGAUCAUCGGUUAUGUUUAAUGAGUGCGUUGUACAUCAUAUGCCUCCAACCAUUCCAGAACCAACAGCCGAUAAGAAUGUGUAUUGUUUAGAAAAAAUGACACAAACCAGUGAUAGCGGAAUUUGGCAGGUUAACUUACCAGCGUCCAUCCAGACGAUGACGUCUGCUAUCAGCGACUACUCCGACCUAUGCCUGACGGAUGCCAUGACAUGCCAGGAACUGCUCGCGUUUUCGGUUGCAUUUUCUGCCGCAUUGCCGACCGGUCAUACGACAUUGGAGUCCUUCUAUUCUUCGUUGAUCAGAAAUCGAACGCACGAGAAAAACAGCAGCAAAUUGUCACCGGAUGUCAACAUUUCCAACAUCCACGAGUACGGCGAGAAACCGGUGUCGCAAAAAUCAUCGCCAAGUAUAGCGAACUGUUUACCGCAGAACGCGGCAAACAUAAACAACAUCAACAAUGAAGAGUUUAACUGUUGUUACGAACUGUACCAAAAUACUGGCACACCGGAAAAGGAUAAAACUUCCCAUUCCAAAGUGUAUUAUUGUAUAGCGGGUACCUUCAGGAGUAUAAGAACCAGUUUACGUUAUGUUCGAUCCUGUAUAAGAGCCCUAGUGGAGCACAAAUACUUUCAGCAGGGCAUCCUGCUGGCCAUUCUGAUCAAUACGUUGUCAAUGGGUAUCGAAUACCACGAUCAGCCCGAGGAACUGACCGCGAUCGUGGAGACAAGUAAUAUCGUAUUUUCUGCGAUUUUCGCCGUGGAGAUGGUACUGAAAAUUAUUGCCGAAGGUCCGUUCCGUUAUGUCGCAAACGGUUUCAAUGUUUUCGAUGGCGUUAUUGUUAUUUUGAGCGUCGUCGAACUGGGUCAAGCUUAUCUCGGAGAGGGUCAGGGAAGCUCCGGGCUGAGUGUCCUGCGGACGUUUCGUUUGCUGCGAAUCCUGAAACUGGUACGAUUUAUGCCGAAUCUACGCCGGCAGCUUUUCGUGAUGCUCAGAACAAUGGACAAUGUUGCGAUAUUUUUUUCGUUGUUAAUACUGUUUAUCUUCAUAUUCAGCAUUCUUGGCAUGUACUUAUUUGGAGGUAAGUUUUGCAAGUUUGUCGAUGAAUCUGGACAAGAGAGGGAAUGCACUUGUCCGGAAAUUGUCUCCAAGCAUCCUAUGUGUGAAUGUGACCGAAAGCAUUUCAACAAUAUUCUCUGGGCCACGGUGACAGUGUUCCAAAUUCUAACUCAAGAAGACUGGAACGUGGUACUGUUCAACGGUAUGGAGAAAACAAGUCACUGGGCUGCACUGUACUUUGUGACGCUAAUGACAUUUGGCAACUAUGUGCUGUUCAAUCUCCUGGUUGCCAUUCUGGUGGAAGGAUUCAGCUCGGAAAGAAACGAGCGUAGGGAACGCGAGCAACGUGAACUCGUUAAGGCAAAGUUGAACGCUGAAUCCCUAGCCGCCCAGGAACAGGGAAGUGACAUUUUCGAUGAUCCUAAAAGCUUCUCGGAGUCUACAACCAGUGACAGCUAUAACGAAGCCAAAGGAAAGUGGUUUAGUGCGGAAGAGCUUAGGAAGAUAAGAGAUAUUAAGUGCAACAUCCAAAAGCAACGCUUGCUCCAACCAAGAUAUGAUAACAUUAAUUUAUCAAUUCCCAAGCUAAAUUCGGAGAAAGACAUACUCAAUUCAGUUGAUUCAUAUUCUUCAAAUAAGAGAAAAUGUGGACCUCUGCUGUUGUCUCAAAUACAGAACAUGGAACCUCCGAUAAUUACCACGACUGCCGCAACGCCUCAGGAUUCUCCCAACUCAACGCUAAAUACGAGUGCUAGCUUCAAGGAUUGGGAAAGUACUAACCUGGAACCGCUGGAAAGAAGCGAAAGUGCAUCGCUGCUUAAGCCACCGCCCAUUUUGGGCUCUUUAAAGGCAUUAGACGACCGAUCAUUCCUUGAGGGAACACCGGUCUUCAAUGAAAUUCGAAAGAAAUCGGAAAACACGACUCCAUUAGCGAGCAAACGCUCCAAUGAGGCUCAGCUCAAGCAACCGAUGCCCAGUAAAGGCAGCUUGAAGCUACGGAAUAAUGGGAUGAAGGAUGAUGAAAUUCUGAACAAUGAAAAACCAACCUGCGGUCGAGGUCACACAAUCUUCAAUAUGCACAAGAAUGACACAGUGCAAAAAUCGUACCGAAUCCAGAAUGACACCCAGCGCACGAGGCAGCAAUCGCUCCGAAGAAACUCCAUGCGAAGGGCGUCGUCAGCUAGACACGAAACCGGCAGUCUGGUCAGCAACAUGAGUGCCACCUCCUACUCCAAGUAUCUGUACAGUGAAAACAACAAACUGUACAUCGAUAGGAAAAAUUCACUCCGUCUGAGUGACAUAAAAGCGCCGAACAACAUGCGCCGCAUGUCGGCCAUCGAGCAAACCUACCGGAAGCAGUCACGGGUUGCGUUGCACAAUUUCGAGCUGAGGAAAAUCCACGAAGAACUGGCCAAGUGCAAAAUCACCAACCAAUCGUCGGUUCAGUCCGAAGCCGCCGUACCGACGGUGGAUUGCAGUCCGGUUCCGCCGGCUCAACCUGACCGGAAGAAGAACAAAUCCAAAGGACGGUUGAAGCAAUUCUUCCGUUACGUUACACCACAAAACUUUGUCGAGGAACGAGAAACGUACACCCUGUUUAUAUUCACUCAAAAUAAUAGAUUUCGUCAGGUUUGCUCAUGGUUUGUAAACCAAAAGUGGUUCGAUAAUGUGAUUUUGCUGUUUAUCGCCUUGAACUGUAUCACGUUGGCAAUGGAACGACCGAACAUUCCACCGAACUGUCCGGAACGAUAUUUCCUGUCAACUGCAAACUAUGUGUUCACAGCGGUGUUCGCCGUCGAAAUGUUUAUCAAGGUCGUAGCAACCGGUAUGUUUUACGGGCCAGAUGCAUACUUCACCUCCGGAUGGAAUAUAAUGGACGGAUCGCUGGUUAUCAUUUCCAUAAUCGAUUUGUUGAUGUCACUGAUUAGCGAAUCAAGUCCGAGGAUUUUCGGAAUUUUACGGGUUUUCAGAUUGCUCCGCUCACUGAGACCAUUGCGAGUAAUAAACCGAGCGCCCGGGUUGAAACUUGUCGUUCAGACGUUGCUGUCAUCCCUCCGGCCGAUCGGUAACAUCGUACUGAUUUGCUGUACUUUCUUCAUUAUCUUUGGUAUUCUAGGAGUUCAGCUUUUUAAGGGUACCUUUUUCUACUGUGAGGGUGAAAACAUUAAAGGAGUUAAAAACAAGCAGGACUGCAAGGCCAUCGAAGGAAACGUUUGGAUCAACCGGAAGUAUAACUUCGAUGAUCUUGGCAAAGCGUUGAUGUCACUUUUCGUCUUGUCGUCGCGUGACGGCUGGGUGAAUAUAAUGUACACUGGAUUGGAUGCUGUAGGAGUCGAUCAGCAGCCAAUAGUGAACUAUAACGAAUGGCGUCUGCUGUAUUUUAUUGCAUUUAUUUUGCUGGUUGGAUUUUUCGUACUGAACAUGUUUGUUGGAGUUGUGGUCGAGAAUUUUCACCGAUGCCGUGAGGAACAGGAGAAAGAGGAGAAAAUACGGCGUGCAGCCAAGAGGGCUUUGCAAAUGGAGAAAAAGAGACGCCGUAUGCAUGAACCACCCUACUACACCAAUUAUUCUCCAUUGCGGAUGUUUGUCCAUAACGUGGUUACUUCAAAAUACUUCGAUCUAGCCAUUGCGGCUGUCAUAGGGCUGAAUGUAGUGACGAUGGCAAUGGAGUACUACAUGAUGCCACUGGCACUGGAGUAUGCGUUGAAAAUUUUCAACUACUUUUUUACCGCCGUUUUCAUACUGGAAGCCAUUAUGAAGCUAGUGGCAUUGGGAUUGAAGAUCUACAUGAAAGACAAGUGGAAUCAGCUGGACGUAGCAAUUGUGAUUCUUUCUAUCGUUGGAAUUGUCUUAGAGGAAUUAGAAACAAACAUUAUACCAAUCAAUCCAACAAUAAUCCGUGUCAUGCGGGUUCUUAGAAUAGCACGUGUAUUGAAAUUGUUAAAAAUGGCCAAAGGAAUCAGAGCACUACUGGACACAGUAAUGCAAGCACUCCCUCAGGUUGGUAAUCUAGGCUUACUGUUUUUCUUGUUGUUUUUCAUCUUUGCUGCCCUGGGAGUCGAACUAUUCGGUAGAUUGGAAUGCUCCGAAGAGCUGCCAUGCCAAGGCUUAGGAGAACAUGCGCAUUUCGCCAACUUUGGAAUGGCAUUUUUAACGUUAUUUAGAGUUGCCACUGGCGACAAUUGGAACGGUAUCAUGAAAGAUACUCUAAGGGAUGAUUGUGACGAUGCCGCCGAUUGUGUAAAAAAUUGUUGUGUUAGUACAGUGAUAGCUCCGAUAUUUUUUGUUAUAUUUGUGCUGAUGGCUCAGUUCGUGCUGGUCAACGUGGUGGUCGCAGUAUUAAUGAAGCAUUUGGAAGAAAGUCACAAACAGAUGGAAGAUGAUUUAGAUAUUGAAACGGAACUGGAACGUGAAUUUGAACGUGAGCAGGAAUUUGAAGAAGAGCAAGCUCUUUGCUUGCAGCUUGAAAAUGACCAGAAAAAGUUGCAGAAAAAACCAUUGACCAAAGUUUCAUCAUUACCGUCGAAUUUUACUUACAGUACACCGGUUUUGGAGAAAAAACUAAAUUUCCAACGUCGGCAGACUAUACAGUAUUUUAACCAGAAUUUAUCGUCUUGUAGUCCGCAUUCAAAUAACAGUAAUUCGUAUGAUGAAACUGCGGAACACGACAUUAAGAAUGAAACUGACGAAGUGCUCAAUCCUGUCAAUGACACUACCACCAACAACUCAAAAAUCCACAUUAAGAAAUCACUUUUUAAUAAAAACAUAGAAAAAAGAUUGUCAGUUGACGAGUAUAAGAAACCAUUUAAAUCUGGCCAGAAUAGAACUGGUAGUGUCAAAAAUAGUUCAUUGAAAUAUCCUAACACUUGGAAGGAGAACAACGAUAGCCAACCAGCUAAGGAGGCGGAUGCAAGUCAUAAAUUAUCCUGUCCAACAAUUGUACCAGCCAGCAAGGGAACAACUAAAACCAACAAACCAGAUUAUCGUCAAUUAAGUCUCGAUUGUGAUGUACGAACCAGCUUCAAUCCGGAUUGUCUGGCAAGCAAAACUUUCCCGAAUCCCUCAACCGGCGCAAGCGUACCAACCGCCACUAAUAAUAACAGUUCUAAUUCUAAUAAUAAUAAUAAUAGUAGUAGUAAUAACAAUAAAUCAUUUUUGUCGGUACCAAAACUGCAACCUAAGAGUCGUGUUGGCAGUACGAAGCAACUAUUCAAACAGGCAGCCCUAGAUGAGGAUACGGAAACGAACGAAAGCUCGUUACUGUUGCCUUCGACGUCACACACAGCAGAACUAACCGGCAAUAACACCUUCCCAAGUGAAAGCACCGAAUUCAAAGAUGCGGUCAAAAAAUCAGAAUCGUGUGAAAUUUUACGGAUAAUAUCCGAACGAAGAAAGAUAUAA